GUGCCCUGGGUGUCCUCUUUCGGCCCCAUGGAGUCCUCACCCAUUCCCCAGUCAUCAGGAAACUUGUCUACUUUGGGAAGAGCCCUUCAAACCCCAGGUCCCUCUACUGCCAGCGGGGUCCCAGAGUUGGGACUUCAGGACGUGGCUUCAGAAUCUGUGGCCCUCUUCUUCAUGCUCCUGCUGGACCUUACCGCUGUGGCUGGCAACGCUGCUGUGAUGGCUGUUAUCGCCAAAACACCUGCCCUCCGAAAAUUUGUUUUUGUCUUCCAUCUCUGCCUGGUGGACCUGCUGGCUGCUCUGACCCUCAUGCCCUUGGCCAUGCUGUCCAGCUCCGCCCUCUUUGACCACGCGCUCUUCGGGGAGGUGGCCUGCCGCCUCUACUUGUUCCUGAGUGUUUGCUUUGUUAGCCUGGCCAUCCUUUCGGUGUCUGCCAUUAACGUGGAACGCUACUAUUAUGUGGUCCACCCCAUGCGCUACGAGGUACGCAUGACGCUGGGCCUGGUGGCCUCCGUGCUGGUGGGCGUGUGGAUAAAGGCCCUGGCCAUGGCUUCUGUGCCAGUGUUGGGAAGGGUCUCCUGGGAGGAAGGAGCCCCCGCUGUUAACCCAGGCUGUUCUCUCCAAUGGAGCCAUAGUGCCUACUGCCAGCUUUUUGUGGUGGUCUUUGCUGUCCUUUACUUCUUGCUGCCCUUGAUCCUGAUCUUCGUGGUCUACUGCAGCAUGUUCCGAGUGGCUCGUGUGGCCGCCAUGCAACACGGGCCGCUGCCCACGUGGAUGGAGACGCCCCGGCAACGCUCUGAGUCUCUCAGUAGCCGGUCCACUAUGGUCACCAGCUCCGGGGCUCACCAGACUACUCCACAUCGGACGUUUGGGGGUGGGAAGGCAGCAGUGGUCCUCCUGGCCGUAGGGGGACAGUUCCUGCUCUGUUGGUUACCCUACUUCUCUUUCCAUCUCUACGUGGCCCUGAGCGCUCAGCCCAUUUCAACGGGACAGGUGGAGAAUGUGGUGACCUGGAUUGGCUACUUCUGCUUCACUUCCAAUCCCUUUUUCUAUGGAUGUCUCAACCGUCAGAUCCGGGGCGAGCUUAGCAAACAGUUCGUCUGCUUCUUCAAGGCGGCUCCCGAGGAGGAGCUGAGGCUGCCUAGCCGGGAGGGCUCUAUUGAGGAGAAUUUCCUGCAGUUCCUCCAGGGGACUUCUGAGAACUGGGUGUCCAGGCCCCUACCCAGCCCCAAGCAGGAGCCACCACCUGCUGUUGACUUUCGAAUCCCAGGCCAGAUUGCUGAGGAGACCUCGGAGUUCCUGGAGCAGCAACUCACCAGCGACAUCAUCAUGUCCGACAGCUACCUCCGUCCUGCCGCCUCAAAGAAGGGGGAGUCAUGA